GGGGCAUGCAGAACUCAGCAAACCACAUAAUUGGCUAGGACAGGGGGGGAUAAAACCCAGUUGAAUGCGGUACGUUUGCGGAAAGAUCAUCAUGUUAUCCAUCUCCCAAAACCUCCACAUAUUGGAUCAACCCAGCCGCAUCGUCUGCAUCUAACCGCCGAGCCCUUAAUGCCCAAAGCCCACUUCAGGUCUCCAUGCGCGAGGCUAACCGUCUUGCCGGCCGCCCUGCGCCACUCGUCGUUUGCAACCCGGCGUCCAUAAAUUUCUCCGACUUCGAAGACUUCCCCGGUUUCUUCACCCAGAUCGUACACCUCCUUUCCCCCUUCUUUUCUCUGCUGCUUGAUACUACCAGACAAUCGCAUGAUUCAGUCCUUGGAGGUUUUCAUCGACACGCAAUUUACCCCCAAAGCCAAAAGCUCUGCGCAACUCCCAAUAUCUCGAAGGGGCGUAAAUAUGGCCCAUCUACAACCUGAACCAACCUCACCUUACAACUUCGGCCUCCGCUCCGACUUCGAGAUCGCCCUUAUCCAACCCUUUCUCUACUUCUUCUCGGGAGUCUUUCUCGACAUAUAUUUCCCAUCACAUGUGGCUCCGAAACCCACAAGUCCAACGGAACUGGCCUUUCCCAACACUUGUACGCCCGACGAACAUCUGACCUCACCAGACCAACGCCGGAAUACAAUUGGGGAGCAGGCACUCAUAUCCCUUAUGUUUAUCCUUGUAAUAAUGCGUGCCUCCCCCUACCUUGACUUCAAGGGGCCCGAUCCCUGGGCUUUUGAUCUUCCCCUCGCCUGGCCUUCCUUUCUCAAAAACAAGCUCCUUGCUUCGGAGCAUGUCCUGCCGCCUGAUGAUUACCGCGUGACCCAACGCCGGGAGGCAAUGCGGCUGCUCUUUUUGGUGGUUAUCUCGGGGUUGCUCUGCCCCAUUGCAGACUAUUAUUGUGGGCGCGGAGAGGGAGCAUUUGUCUUUUGGUUCGACGCUGUGGAGUUGCCCCUGUCAUACGUCGGAAGCGUACCUCUAACGAUCGCGGUCAUUCUCGUCUUCUAUCGGUAUGGAGUGUCGUGGGGAGUGCAAGUGAUGAUGAUGCUUUCGCGUAUAACUCUGCCGUGUGUGGCUACGGCGGCGGCCAGCGAGGCGUUGGCGUACGCGACUUUUGGCAGGAGGUAUGGCGUGGUGGAUAUUUGGGAUAGGAGGAUUGAGAAGUGGGUGGAGGCUUGGAAAAAGGAGAAAUCCAAGGCGGACAGGGAGGUUCGGGAUGAGGUGGAAAUGAGCGAGAGGAAUAAGGAGUUGUUGGUUUGGCGGAGGGGGAUGAAGGAGGGGAAUGGGUAUGGGCCUGAUUAUUGGUUGCCGAGGGAGAAAGGGCCGCGAGUGUGAGGUUGGGGCAGUUCACGUAUUCGGUCGUUGUGGAGGAAGACGUGUAUAACCCUAUUUUCAUGUAAGCCGAUGAUAUGGCCCGAAAGCAGCAAAGGGAGUUCGUUGGAGGUCCUUGAUGUGUCGUCUCUGCACACUUUGCACAAAAACGUUGGUCCCCACCGGUACUCGCUGCACAAAAUAGCUUCUGACCAAUCACAGCCUAGAUACGUCAGUUAUUCCGA